AUGUCUAUACAGAUGAUUCAUGCAGGACCUAUCGAUGAUUCAUUAUUAAGGCUUCAACCAUUCCAUAUAUCUGAGCAUAUAUGGAAUGGAGCUGAAGAUAGGGUUUUUAAGGUUAGGAGAGCAACACAAUCAGAGUUGCGUGGUGUUGAGAUUCCAGCUGCUAUUCAGGAUCUUCUACAGAGGGAUGGUUUUAUGGGGAUGGCGCAUAUUAGUUACUUUUCUGUGGACAAUCAUUUAAUUUCUGCGUUAGUUGAGCGAUGGAGACCAGAGACCCACAUGUUUCACAUGCCCUUCGGCGAGUGUACUAUCACGUUGGAGGAUGUUGCAAUGUUACUUGGGUUGAAGAUCUCCGGAGCACCCAUUACUGGAUACGUAACUAUGGAUUGGGGAGCUCUUGUGCAGCGCCUUCUUGGCAUGACACCCCCUGAGUCAAUGCUUGCUGGCGGUCGAUUGAGGAUGAGCUGGAUUGACCGACACUUUUCUAAUAUACCUGAGUUUCCUAGAAGACCUGGAUGUUUGUGGUCAAAUGAGUCGGGGAUCAUGCGUCCUGGCGAAUAUGUACAGGGAGUUGUGCGUGGCCACGAAUUAUGA